ACCACGUGACUAAUUUCGUGGCGUACAGGCUGCUUUCAUAGCAGCUCAGUGUUGUGCGCCAUAGUGUGAGGAACGGACGCGUAUAGCGGCCGUUAGGUUGCUAACCCAUUUAGCAACAUUAUCUCUGGUCGUUUUUAUGAUAUAAAAUCUUUGAAAUGACAAUAAUACUAUUUCUUGUCGAUACGAGUUCGUCGAUGAAUCAAAGAACUUAUUUGGGGACUUCAUUGAUUGACAUUGCUAAAGCUUCCGUUGAGACAUUUAUGAAGAUCAGAUCCCGAGACAUGAACAGCAGAUGGGAUCGCUACAUGCUCCUCACAUUUGAAGACCCGCCUGCAAAUAUCAAGGCUGGUUGGAAGGAAAGUCAUGCUACAUUUAUUACUGAGUUGAAAAAUUUAAAAGCUGGAGGCCUGACCAGUAUGGGUCCAUCACUGAAGCAUGGCUUUGACUUAUUAAAUGUCAAUAGAAUGCAAUCUGGAAUUGACACCUAUGGACAGGGAAGAUGUCCAUAUUAUUUAGAGCCUGCAGUGAUUAUAACAAUAACAGAUGGAGGAAAACUGACCACAAACAGGGGUGUGCAAUAUGAGUUAAAUUUACCAAUGAACACAGUAGUUCCAGGGUCAGAACUUACCAAUGAACCUUUCAGAUGGGAUCAGAGAAUAUUUGGUCUGGUACUGAAAUUACCAGGGAACUUUCCAGUAGAAGCUCCUUAUGUAAACCAGUUUAUUCCAUCGGCUGAUAACCAUCCACUUGAUGCAAUGUGUGAAGUAACAGGAGGUCGUUCCUAUGCAAUUUAUACUCAGAAGAUGCUUCAUGCUUCACUUGAAAGUUUAGUUCAGAAAGUUCAAACAGGUGUUGUAAUAAACUUUGAGAAGAUUGGUCCUGACCCAGCUCCAAUGACUGAAGGUAAAAUGGAAAACGAUAAUGAAACAAAAGAAAACCAAGACAUCAACAGACCAAUUGUUAUUAUCGAGGAUGAUGUUCAGAAGAUAGUCCAACAACAAAAUCCUCAACAACCACCACUGUUAAACAAUACAUCAUGGCAUAACUGUCGACGACUGAUAUAUGUACCCAGAUCUGCACAGAAAGGAUAUUCAGUAGGCCAUUGGCCAAUACCUGAGGCUUUCUGGCCUGAUCUACAGUGUUCUGCUUUACCUUCAAGAUCAGCUCAACCUGUAGUCAAGUUUAACUGUACCCCUUGUGAACCAAUGGUUAUAGAAAAUUUACCUUUUGAUAAAUAUGAACUUGAACCUUCACCUUUAACACAGUUUAUAUUAGAAAGAAGAAUGCCAAAUGUCUGUUGGCAGGUUUACAUCAGCAAUAGUGCCAAAUAUAGUGAUACAGGUCAUCCUUUUGGUUACCUGAAAGCUAGCAGUGCUUUGACCUGUGUUAAUCUGUUUGUAAUGCCCUAUAAUUACCCUGUAUUGUUGCCAUUAUUAGAUGAAUUAUUUAAAGUGCAUAAAGGGAAGCCUUCACCAAAGUGGAGACAACAGUUUGACAACUACCUCAAAACUAUGCCAUGCUAUUAUGCAGGGUCUUUACGAAGGGCAUUGACACGUAUGGGAGCUCCUAACUUAGUACCAGAUAAUAUGGAUAACAGUCUUAGUUACAGUGUUAUAACUUACCUCAAGAAGUUGAAAAAUCAAGCAAAAAUGGAAAUGGACAGAUUGAUUGCAGGCAUUGGUCAAAAAGUACAGAUAAAUGAAGGAAUCAAAGUAGAGCCAAGAACAAAAACAUCUGUGUUACAAAGAAAAGAUUUUAACCAGUUGUUACAGAACUUUGGUGAUAAUAUGCAGUGUUUGAAACAAGAACUUACAGAAUAUAAUACAUUUACUAUUGGUAUUCCUGACAAAGAUAUCAAACCACAGAUGUAUAGAAAUCCAUAUGACAUACCAAGAAGUACACUUUUAGAUCAAAUAGCCAGAAUGAGAACAAAUUAUUUACAAAAAUCCUCUAGUACGACCAAAUUAGUAGACGAAGAUCAAGCUCAUAGUAUACCUGUACAACAAAUGGGUAACUACCAAGAUUAUCUAAAAAAACAGCCGCCUCCAUUACGAGAACUGGAAAAUGCACCGGCACGGCUGCAUACAUUUGGAAAUCCUUUCAAAGUCAAAGAAAAUUUCAAAAUGGUUGAUGAAGCUGACGAGGCAAAUUUUGGACAGCAAACACCAACCAGAAAACGGCAGCAUGAAUCUCCACCUUCCUCCCCUGGUCCUCGGAAGAGAAAACCAGGUCCUCUACCUAGAGAUUUCAAAUUACAACGUUCACCUUCACUAUCAUCAUUAGACACCCCACCUACAUCACCCAUGUCCAUCGCAUCAGACACUACAUCAGAAACUAGCAGUCAUCUCACCAUUGAAGAUUUGUACAGUGAUACUGAAGACGAAGAUAGGUUGUUAAUUGUAGAAGAAUCAGAAAAAGAAGAGAAAAAUGUAAAAAAUUUGACAGUUAAUAAUAUUGAUCAUUCGACGAACAAUUUAGAAAAUGGCAAUAUAAUAGAACCUGUAAAUCAUAAUAAUAACGAUGUGACAGUUUCUCCUAGAGUUAAAUCCAUGCAUAAUGAUAAAAAGGAAUCGUUAAUGUGGAUGCAUAAUACACAACUACGACAUGAUCUCUACAAAGAAAUUAAAAAGCCAGGAAGAAAUUAUGAUAAUAUAUUUACCCAACUCAGUACUGUGCAGGGGCCAUCAGAAGUCAAAUGUGCUUUCCUCAAAGAGAUUAUUCAUGAAGCUGGACGUUUUAAAAAGAAAGUGCUUAUCAAAAUGCUUGAACAAUUUGAAAAUUCUUUAUUGCAAUCUGACUCUAAAAGAAGAAAUGGGACAUAUUUAAAUAAUUCUUAUUCACCUAGGUAACAGAAAGUGAUAUUUUAUUGUGAUUUUAAAAUGGCAGUGUCUUUCAUGUAUGGUUUGUCAUACAGAAUUUUAAAUCAGUGCUAAUUUUAUUACAUAACAGUCCCUUUCUUUUUCAUUCCUAUUGUUAUUUCUUUAUACACUGGAGUCUCUCAAGUCAAAUACCAAAAUAAAAGCCACAAUUUGGUAGAAAUCCA